AUGUACUUCUUCCUCCUCAACCUCUCCCUCCUCGACCUGGGAUCCAUCUCCACCACUCUGCCCAAAGCCAUGGCCAAUUCCCUCUGGAACAACAGGGACAUCGCCUACAAUGGAUGUGCUGCACAGAUCUUCUUCUUUGUCUUCUUCAUCAAAGCUGAGUACUGUCUCCUGACCAUCAUAUCCUACAACCGCUACGUGGCCAUCUGCAAACCCCUGCACUAUGGGACCCUCCUGUGCAGCAGAGCUUGUGUCCACAUGGCAGCAGCUGCCUGGGGCCCUGGGUUUCUCACUGCUCUGCUGCACACAGCCAAUACAUUUUCCCUGCUCCUCUGCCAGGGCAAUGCCCUGGACCAUUUCUUCUGUGAAGUCCCCCAGAUCCUCAAGCUCUCCUGCUCUCAUUCUGAUUACGCCAGAGAAAUUUGGCUUCUUGUAUUAAGUUGCUUGUUAGGUUUAGGGUGUUUCGUUUUCAUAGUGGUUUCAUAUGUGGAGAUCUUCAGGGCUGUGCUGAGGAUCCCCUCUGAGCAGGGACAGCACAAAGCCUUUUCCAUGUGCCUCCCUCACCUGGCCGUGAUCUGCCUGUUUUUCAGCAGUGGCAUCUUUGCCUACCUGAAGCCCCCCUCCAUCUCCUCCCCAGCCCCGGACCUGGUGGUGUAA